AUGAACUGGUCCAGCUCCGGUGAGGCCUACGUCCUUUCCACGGCGUCCUUUGCUGGGCUGGAAGGCAGCAGCCGAAAGCGUCAUCUUUGGGACUGCGAGGCCAGCUCCCACCACCAUGACACCAACCACACCUUCUUCCCCAACACUCCCAUUCCGGAUUGCCGACCUCCUCUCCUCCCCAUGAACAACCUCCCCUUCUGUUGGCCACCACCCACCGUGCCGAAGAACGCGGUGGAACCGGUCCCCGGAGGCCAAAUCGGACUAAAUCUGUGGGGCCACAGGACCUACGUUCCUCCCAGCGACGGCCUCGAGACAGCCCACCUCUUCGCAUUAAGGUCGGUAGGUGCGCACUCGCCGAGCCACACGCCGCCUCGCUGCCAGGCUGACGGGUGCAGUGCCGACCUCUCCGGUGCAAAGUACUACCACCGCCGCCACAAGGUGUGCGAGUUCCACUUCAAGGCCGCCGUCGUCGUCGCCCAUGGAUUGCCCCAGAGGUUCUGCCAGCAAUGCAGCAGGUAA